CAAUAAUUAUUAGGUUUAUGAGCUUGAGUCAGCUUUCUACUGCUUGACGAGGGCCAGGCAAAGUCAACCAUCCCUCAUGCAUAGGAAUCAAGAGUUGUUAAUUCGAGUGGUAAGAAGGACACUAUUAGACAGUAUGUGUUUUUUUGCAGGUGAAGCACAAGCUCCAAGUUACACUGGAUCAGAUGUCCCAGAUCAAGAUGUGGAUGACAACGAGAAUGCUGCACCCCCUCCCCCAAGUGCACCUCCUGCGGACAUGUUUGGUAGUUAUGCAGGAUAUGAGAAUGUUAAUUUUGGUACUGAGUAUUUGCCGCCUCCACCGCCAUAUGAACCACCUCCACAGCAGCAGACACCAGAACAGAAUUUCCAGCAGGCCACAGCUAUAUCUGAAGACCAAGCAAGGGAUGCACUGCUGGCAUUUGUAGCUGAGAAUUGCUGUUAUGGAAAGAAAGCUGCAGAAGACAUGGAAAUCAAGGACAUAACUCCAUCAAGUGCUUAUCAUUACAACUUGGCAAGUUUCUGUGAAUCAAGAUCUACAGCCUGGAAAUAUGAUCCUUACCGAGGUCAGCACAUUGAUGGUCCACAAAAUGGCCCUGCCCCUCCCCCCUGGAGUAUCCCUGCUCAACCGAACCAGCUAUUUACACCCCAGGAGGCCCACAUUGAAGUGCCGCACACUGCUACGGUUAAGCCUUGUCAUGAGUGUAGGGCCAUGGGUUACAAACGCUGUUACAGAUGCUAUGGAAGAGGCAGGGUUCGUUGUACUUGGUGCCACGGCUCUGGUCACCGCACGGAAUACCGAGACGGACAGAGUCAUCGAGUCCGCUGCACGUGGUGUCAUGGAUCAGGAAGAAGAAUGUAAGUACUGGAUUGAUGACUUAGUGGAGCGUUAUCUGGGGCUUAAAGCUCGUUUUUAGGUGCAAAGUGCACUAUUGGAAUGGUUUCAAGGGUUAUCGUCCGCUAAAGUACUACGUCACUAAAGCACUAGCAUGUAAACUUUAAUGUUUGCUUAUUAGAGCGGUUU